CUGGCCGCCAAGGCCGCCGCCUGGCACGACAUCCUGCGCCGCGUCAACGCCGUCGCCACCUGCCAUCGCGAGCUGCCCGAGGUCAAGAAGAAAUGGUCCGACCUCAAGACUGAAGUGCGACGCAAAGUGGCCCAAGUCCGAGCUGCCAUGGAAGGGGGAGGCGAGAGCCAAAACGGCAACGGCAACGGGCCGGAAAGCGAAGACCCGACGUGUGCUGCGACCGCCCCGGUUAUCCUCACCCCCAUGCAGCAGCGCAUCUGCAACCUGCUGGGAGAAGCCACCAUCAUCAGUUUGCCGAGUGGGGACUGCAGCGCAGGUGACGGUACCGAGAUACCCAUCACCGCCUCAGCCACCACAGUCACCCUGACCCAGAUUCCUGCAGAGACGACUUACCACAGUCUGGAGGACGGAGUUGUGGAGUACUGCACUACGGAAGCCCCCACCACAGUCACCGCUGAAACACCCUUGGAGAUGAUGGCGCAUCAACACGAAGUGUCUGCGAAACCCCAGGAGCUGAAAAGCCGAAUUGCUCUGAACUCAGCCAAGCUCUUGCAGGAGCAGCGAGUGACCAACUUGCACGUGAAGGAAAUUGCCCAGCACCUGGAGCAGCAGAAUGACUUGCUUCAGAUGAUUCGGCGCUCGCAGGAGGUUCAGGCUUGCGCCCAGGAGCGACAGGCACAAGCCAUGGAAGGAACGCAGGCGGCGCUGAGUGCCCUCAUCCAGGUCCUCCGCCCCAUGAUUAAGGACUUCCGUCGAUUUUUGCAGAGCAAUACACCCAGUCCGUCAGUCACCGCUGACCCCAGCCAGACAGGGCAGCAAGAUGGCAUGAUCCAGUGAAAGAAACAGUGAUGGGAUGUCUUUCUUGGAAAAAAAACCUUCUUGUGCUUCCAGUGGACACUGGGAGCCAGGGGUGUUAGCUCUUGUCGGUGUGAAAUGGCUCGCCUUGGCAUCUUGCUGAGCCCAAACAGCUUUCUCAGCUAAUUUUAUGUUAAUCUGCCUUUUCAGACUCGUCAUACA